AUCGGCUCGAAUUCUCUGGAUUCGCCAGUUGAGCUUUGAUUCUCGGACAACUCUCGUCACUUAAGUUAUCAACAGAACAACCCACUGGAAUCACCUUUUGCUGUUGUGCAGUUUUACGAUCAGCGGCUCGUAACGAAAAGGUCAUUCCGUCAAGUUUACGGCCAUAAAUUGGACAAAACGAACAGAGGUUCUGGAAUGUAGCGCCUGACCCUAUACGAACUUUUCGUCUUUAUUUUGUAAACAUUCUUCAAGAGUUAUAUUUGGUUUACCAUACAUCCAGAAACAGUUAUUGGACCUGAUGCGCAAUUGAGGAACUUGCAAGCUAAAGACUGCAAUGCUCAAUGCAAACACUGUAGUUGUAAACAAAUAUCCAGAGGAAUAACUAUUUCUACAUAUUCAUAAUUAUUCUUUCCUCGGCUGAGCUAACUCAGUUUUUUUCCCUCGUCAAGAACUUUUCGCGUCUUGUGUUCAACCUAAGUCAUCCAACAUCCCUAACCAGCGAUGGUUCGUGUUAUGGAUACUGCCACGCUCUGCAUCUUCGCGCUCCUCGCAGUGGUCAUCGAUGACGGCGACGCGUACAUGUGGAAUUGGAUGUGGAGUGGAUCUGCCACACAAGGGCGAGCUCCUCCGGGUAUGAUCGACGACGGCGACGAACCCGUGGUCAACGGCGACCUCGACAUCAGCCAUCCUAAAAACAUCCAAGGUCGACUUCUUGUCAACGAAACAGAAGCUCGGUAUUAUGAGGACCUCCCUUGCGACAGCGACAAGAAAUGCGGCCGUGGCCGUUUCUGUGACCUGCAUUACGGUGGAUGUCAUCGACAUCGUCGACCAGGACAUCUCUGCAGACGAGACGGACAUUGCCAGAAAGGAUACGAUUGUAUGUUUGGAACUUGCCGCGAAACCAUUCCAGAAAGAACGCUAGGGGCGCGUUGCAGGAACGACAAGGAUUGCGGUAGCAACAUGUGUUGUGCGAAGCAGCACGGUGAGUCGGUGUGCAAGCAGAAACUCCCCCUUCAGGCGAAAUGUUACAUCCCACCAGGCGGGAUGGAAUACGUCAUCGAUUCGAUGUGCCCGUGUGAGGAUGGGCUCGUGUGCAGCGAAACGGUUGUAAUGGAAAGAAGAGAGCAAGAGUUCGUUCUUCGCUUUUGGACGGAUCGAGGUCAUAUGCGAUGUCAAGCCCGGUGAAAGUUAUUCUAAUAAACACUAAACCUGUGCUAUACAUUCUUGCUCAAGACGUACUGUGUGCUGCUCGUCUGCUUCCGAAGGUUUCCGAGUUCCUCCGAUGGUUGCCGAUUGCAACCAGUGGCUUCCGAUAUCUGUCGGAAGCUCGUCAUGGAUAGAAAUGCUGCGUCAAGAUUUCCGGCAGCCGCCAAAGCGACCGUGACAGGAGAGCCACAUUUUCUACGAAAUCCAGCAUAGUUAUUCAUCCAUUCUUAAUUUGAUUGAGAUGGUUUUAUGUAUAUUUCUGUCCUUGUAAGAUAUAAACGUUUUGCCUCUAUUUCAAAUAGAAUUUACAAUAGAAUCUUUAAAACGUUUGAUAUAUAAAUUAUAUUCUCUGAAACGUGAAUUGCUACAUGUGAUAGUGUGAAUUGAAUUAUCAAACUACGUAGGCUAUGUUGAUCCUAUUACGAAGGUCAUUCUAACAAAAUACCACCUCAUAAUCGGAUUUAUAUUUCACAAUUAUAAACUGAAACUACUCACAGAAUGAAAGGAAAAUAAAUGCUAGAAAGUUAUGCGAACUUUUCGUCUAAUUAAUCAUAUAUUACUUUGAACAAGACGAACGAAUGGAUUUCUUCGAGUACAUUUUUUUAUUUAUACAAAUGCAUUUUUUUAUUGUUAAAUGAGGAUAAGGGUGCUUGUCGGGUAUUAUGUUAAUUUUAAAGACCUACAUAAUCAAACAAGCUUUUAUUCUAUUCAUUACUUAACAUACAAUGACCUUAUCAUGUCAUGUAAUAAUCUUUUGAGAAUGAUUGAUUAAAAAUAAUAAAUUUGAUUAAAU